AACACCUACAAGAAGCUGUUUACUGGCUUGCAUGACAGGGGAUGAUGAUCAUUUCUUUACAUCCCCUUUCAAAGUGUGAAAACUUCCUUUUUCUGUAAAGUCUCAUUCUCGGAGUGAGGCUGUGUGUGACAGACUGAUACAAGUGGGUCCUCUGAGAAAUCCAGUUGUAGUCCCACAUGAGAUGGAGGCUCAGACAGUCAAGUGGUUGGUUCUUCUGGCCCUAAUAAAACAUGUUUCUACAAGUCCCUUUAAACUAGAACCUGGUGGGCUGCUGGCUACUGAGGGAUCCUGCUUUGAAAUUAAAUGCCAAGUCACAGAAGAUGUUGAUGAUCAUGAUGCAAACUGGUUUUGGAUGAAAGAUAGACUAUGGGUCGAAAAGGAUAAAGACUGUACAUCCACUGUCAUUUACAGCACAAACAACUCGACACGUCCGGUCAGUCCUGACUUUGCAAACAGAGUGAAUUACAUCGGUUCUCCAUCUUCAAGUUGGCAGAAUGCUAACUCUGCCGGGGCGAAGCCACUGUGCAGUAUUUUGAUCUGUGACCUGAGAAGAAGUGACAGCGGAAAUUACUCUUUGACAUUCGAAGGGAGGGACAGAUGGUCAUCUGAAGAAGUGACCCUCAACGUUACGGUAAACCGAUGCCCGCUCACUUUUGAGGGACCAGCUGCUGUGGUGGAGUCCCACGUGGUCACACUCACAUGCUCCACUUUAAGUCCAUGUCCUUUAAGACCUCACAUUCAAGAUGUGACUCAGAUCGACCAGACACAGGUCACAGGCUCUCAUCAGGAUAAUGAAAGAACCACCACCACCUUCAGCUUUACAGCCAGCAGGCAGGAUGAUGGGAGGGUGUUUUCAUGCCAAACACAGGACAACAAGGACAAAUAUUUGAUCCGGAAUAUUAAAGUCACUGUUAAAUACCCGCCCACUGAGCCUAAACUGUCUAUGAGCUCUGAGGUCACAGAAGGUCAGACCAUCACCAUCAACUGCACUGUUGAAAGUUUCCCACAGUCAACUCUCACCUUGAUGAAGACCUACCCAAAUCCUCAGGCGUUAAUAAUCACUGAAGAAAAUCUGUAUUCACGACCCAUCAACUCUCUCUCCCACACGUUUACUGUGACUUCAUCCGACGCUGGCUGGUACUUCUGCCGUGCCCAGAACACUGAGGGCUCAAAGGACAGCGAGCAGAAGGAGUUGGUUGUGAAAUGUGAGUGUUUCAGCUGCGGCUUUCUGUUUUAAACAAACAAAUCAGACAAAAUCUUCCAUAAAAUUUUUUUUCAAUGCAGCAGAAAAAUCUUCUCAUGUAUUUUUCAGUGAUUCAGUUUUUUCAUUAAUUUUUACUUCUGAUAGUUGAAACAACAGCACCUCAGGAAUUUAUAACCGUAAGUACUUAAAUCUCAGGGCUCUUGUUUCAAAAGCUUUGUCCCCAAACUUUGUCAUCAUGUAUAGAUUUAGUUUGAAUUCUGAACUAACAUCUUCUGCAUAGUAUUCACAAUAUUACAUUCUUAGUGGACCGUCACUCACAUAGCAAG